UAAUCAUGGCYAAGCGUGUUGCAGUUAUUCUGUCAGGCUGCGGAGUCUACGACGGCACAGAGAUCCACGAGGCCUCGGCCGUCCUCGUCCACCUGAGUCGAGCUGGAGCAAAAGUGCAGAUGUUUGCUCCAGAUGCAGACCAGAUGCAUGUUGUCAACCACUGUGAGGGGAAACCCACCGAGGAGAAGAGAAACAUCCUGCAGGAAAGUGCCCGGAUUGCCAGAGGUGAAGUAAGUGAUCUGGCCAAGUUGGACGUCUCGGCCUUCGAUGCUGCCAUCAUACCAGGUGGGUUUGGUGUGGCUAAGAACCUGAGCGACUGGGCUGUGAAGAACAAGGACUGCACCGUSCUGCCACUUCUAGAGAAGACCAUCAAGGAUUUCCACAAAGCUGGAAAGCCUCUGGGCAUGUGCUGCAUCUCUCCCGUCCUGGCUGCAAAGAUACUGCCUGGCUGUGAGCUGACCGUGGGGCAGGACAAAGAGUGUGACAAGUGGCCAUACGCUCAGACAGCAGGUGCUGUGAAGCAGAUGGGCUGCAAACAUGUGAACAAAGAUGUGGAGGAAGCUCACGUUGAUGUCAAAAACAAGCUGGUCACCACCUGCGCCUUCAUGUGCAACGCUCCCAUUCACAAAGUGUUUGACGGAGUCGGCGUCAUGGUUAAAGAGACACUCAAACUGGCAUAAAAACAGUGUUGUUUGUACAAAACUGUAUUCAUUCUUUCAAAUAUAUUUCAGAUUUGUGCCAAAGGAGAAAAAAAUUCUGGAUUUAUUUUCAAUUUUUAGAUUUAGCAUUGUCAAACUCUUGAAACAUUAAAUAAAGUUUUUGUGGAAAAACAAA